AUGUCUUCUUCGACGCUCAAGCCGCGCCUCAUCAUCCAUGGCGGUGCCGGCAAUUACACGAGGGAAAACCUGUAUCCACACGCCUGGGAAGUAUACUCUUCCACCUUACUGACUAUCCAUCGAUCUACUUCUGCACUCCUUUCUCAUGGUGCAACUGCGUUGGAUGCUGCCACACAUGCUGUGACCUUGUUUGAGGAUUCUCCGCUGUUCAAUUGCGGGAAAGGUGCCGUCUUCACGAGAGAUGGCACUAUCGAAUUGGAGGCUUCAGUCAUGGUGACUCGAGACUUUCGCAAACGAGGUUGUGCUGUCGUUCUUGUCAAUAAAGUCAAAAACCCCAUCAAAGUAGCACGCGAGAUGCUUGUCCGUGGCGAGAAAGACGAUUCAGGAAGCGGCGGCCUAAGCGGAGGGGGUGGAGGGGCGCAGGGUCAUUGCUGUCUUGGUGGAGAGACAGUCGAAAAGUUGGCUAAAAGUUGGGGCUUGGAGAUGGUAGACGAAAGUUAUUUCUGGACAAGAAGAAGAUGGGAUGAGCAUAAGAGAGGCUUGCAUGAGUCUAGAGACGAGAGAGCUUUGAGACAAAUGGAUGUCUGGCCCUACAGUGUUGACUCACAUACAUUGCUGAUAGGACUUGCUAUCCUCCAAGCUCCCAGCUCUCGGGCCACUGUCUCAGAAAUCGGUGACUGGCUAUCUAAGAAAGCAGCGUGGCGGGUUGGCCCUCAACAUAUAUGGCAAACCCGUGUUCCUAGCGAGCUCAAGCGAGAAAGCGAGUCGCACCACGUACUGCAUCAAUACCUAGGAAAGGCCAGAUAUUUCACGGAGCAGCAACCCCAAGAGAACGAGAUCCGUGGCUCGGAGCCAUAUUGGACUAUUGCUCCUGAGAAGGUGGCACAUUUUGUCAAAGCGAGAGACGAAGGAUAUGCUUUACACAACAAGUAUGAAGAGCACCAAGAGGACAAGUGUCGUUGGCCAUUAUUUCCGGAGCAGGACAGCGGAUGGGAUGGUCAAGCCUAUCUCCCACAGGGCACCGUCGGCUGUGUCGCAUUGGAUCAGUAUGGUACAAUGUGCGUGGCAACUAGUACAGGCGGCGUCACAAAUAAGCUUUCAGGUCGAAUUGGAGACACGCCUACGAUAGGGGCUGGUUUCUGGGCUGAGGAAUGGAGCCAGUCGUCUCUCGAGAGAAGAACGAGACCACCACAAGAUCUGUCGUCACGAAUUCCCGCAGUUUUGAACGGUCUUUCGGACGGACUGCGCAAUGUUAUGGGAGACUGCAUCCCCAACUUCUCAGGCUAUCAAGAAGUCCCAUCCUUCCAGGAGAUGGGACUGGAAAAAGCAGAGAGUAUGAGCAGUAUCAGAGCCGUGGCUAUGUCUGGAACCGGUAAUGGCGACUCUUUUCUCCGUCUCGCAGCCGCCCGUACUGCAGGUGCUAUAGUCCGUUUCUCGCCUAACCGCUCUCUUGCGUCGGCAAUCAACCAGGUGGCGGGUUCGGGAGGAGAGCUAGAACGGUCGGCUGGAGACCGCUGGGGUGAGACUGGCGAAGGGGAGGGAGGCAUCAUCGGUAUAGAGCUGGUCGGUGGGAAGGGAAAGAUAGCGUUCGACUUCAAUUGCGGCGGCAUGUUCAGGUGCUGGGUGGAUGAUCAUGGCAAAGAAAAGGUCAUGGUUUUCAAGGACGAGUACUGA